AAAACAGCCCUCACUUCACCGCAGUGUUCAGAAUCUCAAGAAAGCAUCAUUUCAAACCUGCAAGCUUUAAGAUAAGCCUAGAUUAAACCCAUGUUUAUUUAUUUAUUUUUACACUAACAAUGUGUAACUGUGAAACUCUGUCUCUUCUCCAGUGUUUGGUGUUGAAGAUGAAGUGAAGUCAGUGUCAGUGAUGGAGGGAGAAUCAGUCACUCUACAGACUAAUGUUACUGAACUACAGACACGUGAUCUGAUAACAUGGACGUUUGGAUAUCCAGAGACAUCUAUAGCUCAAAUCAAUAAAGAGGAGGGAAAUGUCUCCACAUAUGAUGGUGUUCUUGAUGGGAGAUUCAGAGACAGACUGAAGCUGGACAAUCAGACUGGAUCUCUGAUCAUCACAGACACCAGAACAACAGACUCUGGAAAUUAUACAGUAAUCAUCAAAGGCACAAAAUCAACCACAUACAGAUUCAAUCUUACUGUCUAUGUCUCUGCAUCUCAGAAAAUACUGAUCUCUGCAGCGGCUGCUGGAUUUCUGUUGAUUGUAGCAGCAGUCGGGAUCUACUGGAUCUACAGGAGACACAGAAAAACAGACCAAGAAGAAACAGAUCAGACUGGUAAUGAAGAGAUCACAUACGCUGAAGCGACAUUCUUCAAACAAAAAGCACAGAAACUGAGAUUCUCUCCGAAGAACCCAGUUCCACGAAGUGUGGGUGUGUGUGAUUCACUGUCCCUCCAAGAAGUCACAGCCUUACUUGCACGGAUCCUAACUCCUUGUCACUCCUCACUUCCUGCUCCUCUGCUUGUGUCAUUAAAAAUAAACAUCUUCACCUGUCACCUCCUCAGCUUCCCGAGUGAUCCGUAACAGAUGACCGGACCAAGACCGACAGGCACAAGCAUGAGCCUCACAGACCCAUUCAAAGAUCUGGUAGAUACACUCUGUCGAACACUCAUGGCAGUCCCAGCAUCUCCUCCACCAGGCGAGCACUUCCGCCGACCCUGUCAUCACUUCCUCACCUGCCGUGCACGCCAGUCCCAUGGCCAGGCCGGCGACCUACUCUGGUUCGGCGGAUUUCUCCUUCAGUGUUCACUGGUCCUGGAGAUGCAACCACACAUGUGUCCAACGGACCGCUCUAAGGUAGCCUUUAUCAUUUCCCAAUUGCAAGGCAAAGCACUACUCUGGGCAGAUUCACUCUGGACUCAGAAUAACCUAGUUAUCCAGUCUUAUUCUAGCUUCAUCGACCAUUUCCGUGAAGUUUUCUGCAGACCUGCUUGGGACUCUUCAAUUGGUGAGAAGCUGUAUAUUUUAAAACAAGGGAAAAUGUCUGUCAAUGAAUAUGCCUUGCAGUUUAGGACUCUGGCGGCCUCCAGUGGAUGGAACGAACAGGCUUUGCUGACAACCUAUCGUCAAGGACUGGAAGCCCGAGUGCGGUUGCAUCUCGCUGCAUAUGAGGAUACCAUCGGCCUCGAGAGAUUCAUCCAGUUAUCCAUUCGCUUCGCCACUCGUAUGCAAUCGUGCUUAGAAGAACCAGCUCCCCAGAACCAGCCAGUGAACCUAUGAUUGUGGAUUCCUACCACCUCACGAUGGCGGAGCGUCAAAGACGGCUGGACUUCUUCACCAUGAGGAGAUCCAUCUGCUGGUUCUGGAGGAAUCCACCGCUGACGUUAUCUUAUGGCGCCCAUGGUUGGAGCACCAUAACCCCGUGAUUUCCUGGAGAACCGGCGAGAUCCUGAAGUGGGGCGAAGCCUGUUUCCAAUCAUGCAUCUCCGGUUGUCCCAUUCCUGUUGAGUACCCCCCUGAACCACUACCAGUCUACUCCACCUCUAUCGAGAGCCCGAUCGAGCACCAGUCCAUCACCAUU